AUGAUAGACAUUGACCAAUGGUUGAUGAAGGAUAAGGAGGCUAACAAGGAUGAAAUUCCUGUGGUCGAGAAGAAGGAUGAAGAUAACAAGAAGGAUGGAGAUGUACCUGUGGAGAAGAAAGAUAAUGAAGUUGAUAAGGAGAAUACCGAUAAGGAGCCGGAAUCGGAGAUUGAAUCGCCGGUUGAUCUGAAUUCUGCUAGCGUACUGGGAUCAGAUGGUGCAGUACCUCCUGGAGGAAAUAACAAUAACAAUAACAAUAAUAAUAAUAAUAAUAAUAACAAUAAUAAUAAUGACGAUGAUGAUGGUGUUGUCAGUGAGGAGUCAAGCAUAGCUACUGAUCCAAAGACAGGAUUGUACCCUCCACUUUUAGCUAUACCCAUGAAGGAUAGACCUCCACUCCCAGGGAGACCAUUUGCCAUCAACUUAACCGAUCCUGAUGUGAUCAGAUCCGUAUACACCAUUAUAGAUAAGAGAGAACCUUAUUUUGUGUUGUUUCAUACCAAGAAUCCCAAAGAAGAAGAUACCGACGUCAUUAAGAGUAAAGACUCAGUUUAUGAUAUUGGUGUCCAUUGUCAGAUCAUUAGACAUACAAUUCCUAGACCUGGAGUAUUCAAUCUUUUAGGUUAUCCUAUUGAAAGAUGUGAGCUUCAUGAAUUACAUACUCCUUCUUCGUCGUUAUCUGAAACAUCACCAGCUAAACCUGCCGCCAGUUCCAAAAAAUCAAAAUCAACUAGUGUUCAAGAAGGCAACGAAGUCACAGUUGAGGAAACUAAACCACUGGAAACUGAUGAUUAUCCUACUUCAUAUUUAAAAGAUUUAAAGGUUUCAUUUGCUUCUGUUAAGCCAGUACAAGAUAAUCCUUAUGACCAGAGCUCAGCCGAAGUUAUUUCUUUAGUUGAAGCUUUGAAGUCAUUACUUGGUAAGUUGGGAGGUAAGAAUCCACUUGAGAAGCUUCAAAUAAGAGAAGGGACAGAAUUAUUGAAGAAUCCUUCUAAAUUUGCAGAUUUUGUAGGUUCAACUAUUCAUGGUGAUCCUAAAAAGAUUCAAGAGAUCUUGGAAUCGUUGAGUGUUCAAGAUAGAUUAUCAAAGGCAUUAGAAUUGUUAAAAGUUGAGUUAAAUGCUAGUAUGAUCAAAGAGAGUACCAUUCAUAACUUGAGUGCCAAAGCAGAUGAAUAUCAAACAAGAUUAUUUAUUAAGGAGUUCAUCAAGGAAUUACAAAAGAGAGCAGGAAUCACUGAACAAGAAGAUAAAAAGACCUCAAAGUUCGAUGAAAGACUUAAAAAAUUGAGAUUAACUGAUGAAGCAAUGGAAGCAUAUAACACGGAAAAGGCCAAAUUGGAAAACCAAACAGACCAUUCCAGUGAAUUGGGAGUUUCCGAAAGAUAUCUUGAUUGGUUGACUCUGAUUCCUUGGGGAAUUUAUUCUAAAGACAGAUUCAAUAUUCGUGCUGCAAGAACCAUUCUUGACCGUGACCACUACGGAUUAAAGGAUGUAAAGGAAAGAAUCUUGGAAUUUAUUUCUUUGGGUAAAGUUUCAGGAAAGGUUGAUGGUAAGAUAUUGUGUCUUGCUGGCCCACCAGGAACAGGUAAAACUUCAAUUGCCAAAUCCAUUGCUGAAGCUUUGAAUCGUAAAUACGUUCGUAUUGCUAUGGGUGGUAUUCAUGAUGUCCAUGAAGUUAAGGGUCAUAGAAGAACAUAUAUUGGUGCCAUUCCUGGUAGAAUUAUCCUAGCAUUGAAAGCCGCAAAGACUUCCAACCCAUUGAUGUUGAUCGAUGAAAUAGAUAAGUUGGAUUUAAGUAGAGGUGGAGCUGCUGCUUCAGCCUUUUUGGAAAUCCUUGACCCGGAACAAAAUAAAGAAUUUGUCGAUAAUUAUAUGGAUGUUAAGGUGGAUUUAUCCAAAGUCUUGUUUGUUUGUACAGCCAACUAUUUGGGUAAUAUUCCCGCACCAUUAAGAGACCGUAUGGAAAUUAUUGAUGUUCCUGGUUAUACUAAUAAUGAAAAGGUUGAAAUUGCCAAACGUCAUUUGAUUCCUCAGGCUUGUAAGAAGGCAGGUCUUGGAGAAGGACAUGUUGGUAUUCCAUUAGAGACCAUAACCAGAAUGCUUGAGAAGUAUUGUCGUGAAAGUGGGUUAAGAAAUGUCAGAAAGCUUAUCGAUAGAAUUUUCAGCAAAGCUUCACUUAAGAUUGUUGAAGAAGUUGAAAAGCGUGACGACGAAUUAGCAGCUACUCAAGUUAAGGAAGAAGUGGAGACCAGCAAGGAGGAAGCUGAAAUAAUCGAACCCGAGGUGAAAAUCCCAGUAGUCACUACGCCUGUCGAAGAAGAAGUUGCUAUUACAACAAAAGAUCUGACCAGUUCCGAUGAAUCAUCAUCUUCAACAACAAAACUGGAGCAAAAGGAAGUUGACACAGUGAAAGCCAAUGAAUUAGAUGGAAUUGAGAUUCUCUCACCAGAUGAAGAGAUUCCAAAAAUGAAUAUUCCUGAAGAUAUUAAAUUAGAGAUUACUCCCCAAACAUUGAAGGAUUAUAUUGGACCUGAAAUUUACACUAGAGAUAGACUUUAUGAAACUCUUGUGCCUGGUGUGGCCACGGGACUUUCGUAUAGUUCUUCUGGUAGUGGAGACGCAUUAUACAUUGAAUCGAUUUUGACCCAGCCAAUCUCCUCGGGCAUAGGCCAUGCUGGAAUUCAUGUAACUGGUAGUUUGAAGGAUGUGAUGAAGGAAUCAGCCUCUAUUGCAUAUUCCUUUUCCAAAUCGUUUAUGUCUAAGAAUUAUCCCAAGAAUAGGUUUUUUGAAGCUGCUGAAGUUCAUGUUCAUUGUCCUGAUGGAGCUAUACCAAAAGAUGGACCAUCAGCAGGUAUUUCAUUUACUUCUUCAUUGAUUUCUUUGGCCAUUAACCAAUCAAUUCCUGCUACAAUUGCCAUGACCGGUGAAAUCACUGUUACUGGAAGAGUAUUAGCUGUUGGUGGGUUAAGAGAGAAGACUUUGGGUGCUAAAAGAUACGGAUGUGAUACCAUUAUUUUCCCCAAGGAUAUAGAGAAUGAACUUGAAGAGAUCCCUGUUGAAGUCAAGGAAGGAAUCAAGUUUAUUCCUGUUGAAUGGUAUCAUGAAGUAUUUGACAUUAUCUUCCCCAAAGUCUCGAAAGAUCAAGUCAAUAAUGUUUGGAAAGAUGAUUUUGCAAAGCUCGAGGAGAAAAGAAAACUGCAUAAGAAAUAA